UUUAAUGGAAACCAAUCCAAGAAAACUAAGAUCCUAUUGUAUCAUAUGGCUAAUAAUUUGUAUAUCAGUAUUGAUUGUUUGUGCAAUACUAUCCAAAGCAGAAGAAGAAGAACACAUAAACGAUGAUGAUUCUCUGCAAAUGAUUUACUCUGUUUUGGUUGAAGGUGAACCAUUAGCCUUUCGUGCUUCUACCAACAUCAACAGCAAAGCCAUGGCAUAUGAAGCAAAGAAGAUAGAAGCGGUUCACGAAGAUAUUCUUGGAAGCACACUUGAAAAUGGAAGUUAUACAAAGCUUUAUAGUUUCAAACAUGUCAUUAAUGCUUUCGCCGUCCGUACCACUCCUUCUCAGGCCAAGAAACUCAAGAAAGCAAAAGGAGUUAAAGCAGUUGAAGAAGACAAAGGAGUGAAACUAAUGACAACAUACACUCCUGGUUUCUUGGAACUUCCUAAACAAGUCUGGCCAAAGAUCUCAAACGACGGAGACAGACGCGCCGGAGAAGACAUCGUGAUAGGUUUCGUGGACACCGGAAUCAACCCUACCCAUCCGAGCUUUGCCGCAUUCGAUCCCACAAACCCUUACUCACGUUUGAAUUUCUCCGGCGACUGUGAGACCGGUCCUCUCUUCCCUGUCGGAUCUUGUAACGGAAAAAUCAUCUCCGCUAGGUUCUUUUCAGCCGGAGCUCGAGCUUCAGGCGCUCUUAACUCCUCUUUGGAUAUACUCUCACCAUUUGAUGCGUCCGGCCACGGAAGCCACGUGGCAUCAAUUGCAGCCGGAAACGCUAAUGUUCCGGUGAUCGUCGACGGAUUCUUCUAUGGCCGUGCCAGCGGUAUGGCUCCACGUGCACGCAUAGCCGUUUAUAAGGCGAUAUAUCCAUCCAUAGGAACUCUUGUUGACGUAAUCGCAGCCAUUGAUCAAGCAAUUAUGGACGGUGUAGAUGUGUUGACGCUGUCGGUUGGACCGGACGAACCACCGGUGGAUAAGCCGACGGUACUUGGGAUAUUCGACCUAGCAAUGCUAUUGGCUAGAAAAGCUGGCGUAUUUGUGGUGCAAGCUGCAGGGAAUCAUGGCCCUUUGCCGUCUUCUGUGUUGUCUUAUAGUCCUUGGGUCGUUGGCGUCGCUGCUGGGAAUACUGACCGGUCUUAUCCUGCCUCCCUCAUCCUCGACGGUGGGCAAACCGUUCAGGGUGUUGGACUAUUAGGUCCAAGCCUUGGAGCUCCAUUUCUUCAACAUAAGCUAGUCUUAGCCAGAGACGCUGGUAGAACAAACGGGUCGGUUCUACAAACCCGAACCGGAGACAUUGAAGAAUGCCAGCGGCCGGAUAAUUUUGACCCGGCCGUCGUUCUAGGAAGUAUUGUGAUAUGUACAUUUUCUGAUGGUUUCUACAAUCAACUGUCGACCGUUCGAGCCAUCACCCAAACAGCCAGGACUCUUGGUUUCAUGGGUUUUAUACUCAUUGCAAAUCCUAGAUUCGGGGAUUAUGUUGCUGAACCGGUGAUAUUUUCAACUCCUGGUAUACUAAUCCCUAGAGUAUCAGAUGCUCAGAUUAUAUUAAGGUACUACGAAGAGAAGACCUAUAGAGACAAAAGAGGAAUGGUGACGCAAUUCGGGGCACGAGCGAGACUUGGCGAGGGACGAAACUCAGUCUUUGCUGGGAAAGCACCGGCAGUGAGCAGGUUCUCUUCAAGAGGACCAGCUUUUAUCGAUGCAAAUCGGAAUCUUUUAGAUGUGCUAAAGCCAGAUAUUCUUGCACCUGGUCACCAAAUUUGGGGUGCAUGGAGCCUCCCUAGUGCCUUUGAUCCUAUUCUCACAGGACGGAGCUUUGCGCUGUUGUCGGGAACAAGCAUGGCGGCUCCUCAUGUAGCGGGCAUUGGUGCGCUGACAAAGCAACUUAAUCCUUCUUGGACCCCGGCCAUGAUGGCAUCGGCUAUCUCCACGACGGCCAACGAAUAUGACAGUUCUGGUGAAGUUAUAUCGGCUGAGUCAUAUGAAAUAAGUAGAUUGUUUCCAUCAAAUCAUUUCGACCAUGGCGCAGGCCAUGUUAACCCUGCUAGAGCCAUAGAUCCUGGACUGGUUUUACCCGCAGGUUUCGAAGACUACAUAAGUUUCUUGUGCUCACUACCGAACAUUAACCCGGUCACGAUUCGAGCGGCAACCGGAGUCAUGUGCACCACUACACUUAGCCACCCAGCGAACCUUAACCAUCCGUCAGUAACUAUAUCUGGACUUAAAGAGUCACUUGUGGUGAGAAGGAGUUUCCAAAACGUCUCAAACAAGACUGAGACAUAUCUUGGUUCGGUUUUACCUCCCAAUGGCACAGCUGUACGGUUAAUCCCGUCUUGGUUUACCGUACCACCACAGAGAAUUCAAGAUCUGGACAUCGAGUUCAAUGUCACACAAGUCUUGAACCAAUUUACAUUUGGUGAAGUUGUCCUUACCGGAAGUUUAAACCAUAUAAUUAGAAUACCGUUGUCAGUUAAGACAAUUUGAAAACAUAUAUAUUUUCUUGUUUCUUGUUUAUUUGUUCAA